CCCUUUUAUAAUAUUUUCAAUAUUAUAGUACACCUUUUUUUUUUCUUUCUUUCUUUUCUUUCUUUCUUUUAUUACUUUAACAUAUAUUCUUGUUUAUAUAUAUAUUUAUAUGAACUAACUGAUAACUAUUCUUAUAUAUACAUUAUCUCCCUCUCUCUUAAACAUAACAUAACAUUUAUUCCCUUUUUUUUCACAUUUCUCCUUUUUUUUUUUUGACAUCUUUGCCCACUUGAUUUCAAUUGAUACAUCAGAAUACAGAAUAUCAAUACUAUUUAUUCAACAAACCAACAACCAUUAUGACUGCUGAAGGAAAACUGCGCAUUUUUAGUCCUAUCAUCUUAUUUCAUGAUCAUGAAUAUAUUAAAGAUGAUUGUACCGAACAUAUACAUAUCCCAUAUGGUGGAGAUCCAUUUCAUCAUGAUGGUCAAACUAUUGAAAUUCAUAAAAGAAGAAUUAGUCGAAUGCUUGAAAAUAAUGGACGCUUUUGGUCAGAUAUCAUCACUUGGUCUAGAGAUCAUGCACUGACAACGGAACAUUCACCUGUACCAUCACUUGUAUCAUCACCAACACCACCACUUCGGUCCCAGGAACUCCCAUCACCAUCACCACCCCCUACUUCACAUCGUCGUCAUAGUCACCAUAACAAUAAAAAACAACCAUCCACUGCAGGUUCGGUAUUGGUUGCUACUACGGCUACAACAGCAACUACUAUUACUUCUGGUGGAAAAACCAAUAAAAGACGAAGAGGUAAUCUUCCCAAGGCAGUCACUGCAAUUCUAAGAGAUUGGCUAUCUGAUCACAAGAAACAUCCCUAUCCUACCGAAGAAGAAAAAGAUAAUUUGGCAAGACGAACUGGAUUAACUUUGAAUCAAAUCAGUAAUUGGUUCAUCAAUGCAAGAAGAAGGAUAUUACAACCUAUGUUGGAACAAGAAGAACAUCAACAUGAAUUGGAUAUUUUACCUUAUUGUUCUCCAUCUUCUGAUGAUUCUUUAGAUCGACGACUUGGAAAAAGAUCCGCAGCUGAAGCAUUUCAUCGACGUGAUUCUAUCCAAAAGAAAUUCAAUACUCGACGAAGAUCAUGAAUCCAAAAUGGCAAUAACACCAACAACAACAAUAACAUACCCUACUCACAUGAUUCCCUUCUCACUGUCCCUCUUUUUUUUUUUUUUAGUUUAUAUUGUAUAUUAUAUCUUUUUUUUUUUUGGUUUUUGUAUGUGUUAUCUAUAUUAGAAACUUUUGUUUAGUUUAGCAUUUCUUUCCUUUCUCUAUUUUCAAUCUAUAUAUAUAUAUCUAUAUUAUAUUUAUUAUCUUUUUUUAUUUUAUUCUCUC